ACGAGACAGCGGUGGCACUAUAGCGCGGUAAUUGAGCGGAUGGUAGAGCUCGGGCUGCGCCCGGUAAACUGCAUUGUUGCCCGAUCGAGCCUGCUGGUACAUCCAUAUGAUUACCAAUGUGACUGAGUAUGACUGAACAGCCGCUGUUUAGGCUGCAGACGAGCCGGAUAUUUUGAAACGAGGAAUCUGCAUGGUGUGACCUGUCAAUUUCAAGAUUUCACGGAUCCAAAGCCAAAUAGUGACAGAACUUAGACAUUUCUGGUCCAGAAAUAGUAGGUCGUGUAUAAUUUUCAUAAUUGUGCGUGUUCUGAAAUGAAUUUCAUCAAGUUUGAUAAGCUGUCACUUCAGUUGGGACAUUGUUUUCGUGGACUUUCGAAAGGGAGUGUUUUCUGGUGCACUUUCAAAUCCCCUCCUGCCAAAUUCUAACGGUGGAGGUUGACGGAGAUGGUAAUGGAUAUCGAUCAGAAAAAGCCAGUUCGGAUUCUAAAAUCAUUAUCACCAAUCAUGGUUACCCUCGUAAUCCUCGUGAACAUGAUGGCCAGCUCGUGACCCGGAUGUUCUGGUCUGCCUGGCCGCCAUGACACCUCGUUACUCCAGAAGGUCCAGGAAGGACGAGACGACCCCGGUUAUCCAGCCGAAAAAGGAGUACCCCUUCUUGACUGUGUCCAUAACACCGGUUGUCAUGGUAAUGUCUUGGGAAGACUUGGUCUUCUUGGAGUUGGCUGUCAAAAGGAGAUCCUCCGGUUCUUGGAGCCUGACCUGGUUCCGUCUUUCCUCUUCUCUCCAGAGACACGUCUCCGUGGGUCGUGCAGUUCCAACAUCAGACGACCCUGAUUCUCGUCCGUGGCACGAGCAUUCUCUACAGCUGACAGGAUAUGCAGGUCAUCCUUCGCUACUUCCGGUAAAAAGCGGAAGUCCUGUGAGUGCCGGAAACACGAAGCCUCCCAGGGGGCCUCGAGGUGAAGUCCAUCGUCUCCAUGGUCGACAUAGAGGUAGCGGUUGUUGCCAUUCUCCCAUCGCAGUGCCUGUGGAAAUCAGAUCGGGGUUAAUUACGAGGAACAUUCUGGAAACAAUGGUUCCGUUUCAGAUCUGAUUUCAUAGUAAGCGCGGUUUCUGUGUAUGAUAUCGCCAUACUAUCAUGGUAUAUAAUUCGACCCAUUGGACCUAGCUCCUACCCAGAGUUCCAUGCGACCAGCAUAGUACCUCUGCCACAGGACAGCGCCAUGUGACGAUUCGUAACAUCUUACACGGUCCAUUCAAGAUAUUGCAUAUAUUUUUCAUCUGUUUCAUUUUUGACAAGUCUACAUAUCUAGAUAAACAGAUGU